AUGAGUACAGAUUUCAAGGUUGAAAUCAUUCACAAGGAAACAAUUACACCAUCCUCUCCAACCCCUCCCCACCUGAAAAGUGUAAACCUCUCUUUUCUAGAUCAGGUUAUUCCUGAAGUUUAUGUCCCACUGGUUCUUUUCUACCCCAAUCAUGCUGAUCAGGAGCUCAAUUCAGAUCACCAGUCAUUGAUAGCAGAAAAAUCCAGCAUUCUAAAAGCAUCACUAUCUGAAACCCUCACUCACUUCUAUCCCUUAGCAGGGGAAUUCCAAUACAAUGAUUCAAUCUGUUGCGAUGACCGUGGAGCUUCAUUCAUUGAAGCCAGAGUAAAUUGUCGAAUAUUGGAUAUUUUGAAAAGUCCAGAUACUGAGAUGCUGAAAUAUCUAUUUCCAGCUGCUGUAGAAUCCACUCAAGCACUUACAGGCCAUCUUCUACUGGUCCAGGUCAACUUCUUUGAAUGUGGUGGAAUGGCAAUUGCAAUCAACAUUUCACAUAAGGUGGCGGAUGCUUUUACCUUCAGCAGAUUCAUAAAAAGCUGGUCUGCAGUUGCCCUUGGCUCCAUUAGUACAACUGAUCAUCUUGUGCUUCCUGCAAAGUUUGGUGCUGCAGUUUCUCUUUACCCACCACAAGAUUUCUUAAACUCACCAAAACCUCUUGUGGAACUUACUCAAGGAAAGUGCACAACAAGAAGAUUCGUCUUUGAUGCCUCACGAAUUGCUGCUCUCAAGUCCAAAGCUGCUAGUGCUUCAGUGCCAAAUCCUACGCGUGUUGAAGUAGUGUCAGCACUCAUCUGGAAAUGCACCAUGGAAGCAUCAAGAUCAAAAUUGGGUUCGAUAAGGCCUUCCUUGUGGUGUCAAGCAGUGAACAUGCGUAAAAGAUCAGGGCAGGCAUUCACAGAAAACUUAUUGGGGAAUUUUGUGUGGUACUUAGCAGCAAUAACAGUAGAAAGUGAAGUAGAUAUUCAAAGCUUGGUUGCUAAAUUCCGGAAAUGCAAGGAUGACUUUAAAGGAAAGUACCGUAAUGGACUUACUGCAGAGGAUGCCUAUCAAACAAUCAAAGAGUCUGGGAACGUUUUGGCGAAGGAGGGCAUAGACAACUACAGUUGCACCAGUUGGUGCUGGUUUCCCUUCUAUGAAACCAACUUUGGAUGGGGAAAGCCAUCUUGGGUAAGUGUCCGUAGUUUCCAACUUAAAGAUACCGUUCUAUUGAUGGACGCGAUAGAUGGCAAUGGCAUCGAAGCGUCCAUGUCUUUCUUAGAAGAGGACAUGGCCAUAGUUGAAAGCAAUCAGGAGCUGCUUGCUUAUGCAUCUCUGAAUCCAAGUGUCAUUUAG